UGCAGUUCCCUGGUAUGUAUUUACAUUUGCAUUAGUUGAUCAGCCAGAGAUCAAAACAUUUAAAUGGGACACAAGAGCAGUUAAAUAUUUCAUCGAAAUGUAUAUGGAGAGGAAGGACAAGUUCCGGGACCCAAAAAUUAAGAAAAAAACGUUGUGGUCCGAAAUGGCGCGGGUCAUGAACCUAGCUGGAUAUAAUGUAGAUGAGGACAUAUUGGACCGCAAGAUACGCAACAUGAAGAAAACUUACAAAUCCAUUAAGGACAAUAACAGCAAAAACAGUACAGGCAGAGGUCGUGUUACCUGGGAGUAUUUCGACGCUUUUGAAGAGAUAUUUGCAAGUGACCGUACCGUGAAUUGCGGUCCAGUUUUGUCCUCAAUGGCCAUCAGCGAUGUUGAUGUGUCGCUGAAGUCAUCUGCGUUGUCCAGCACUACGUCUUGCAUUCCUUCCUCUCCACUAUCUCCAGACGAAAACGAGCCCCCGCAAAAAUUACAAAAGACAGUUGCGGCGAAAAGCAUGAGCUCUUUGCAUCACAUGGGGAAAAAAAUAUUAGAAGUGGAAGAAAGAAAAGCUGCCGCAAGUGAAGAUUUAAAUGGAGUACUGAGGGAAACCAAUAAAUUGCUGCAAGAUCGCAACGAAUUGCUGCGUCGAUUUUAGAAACAUGUAGCGCAGAGGAAAAAGUAUACAUACUUUGGAAAAGCCAUUUUAGGGUCUCAAUAAUAAUAUUGAUGAACCAGUAGUAUCACAGUCAAACCUAAGAGGCUGUUGUAGUUUAAACAAUUCCUUUCUUCAGAGACCUAUAGUAAAAUUUUGAAAGAUGAGAAGUAGGUUAUUUAACCCCUUCCAUUAUUAAAAACAGGUAAGUUAUGCUGCUAAACCGAAAUUGUUCCAUAAUUUCAUUUUAAAUAUUUUUUUUUUCUACAUUUUACUAUAGGUCUCUGAAGAAAUUGUGUUUGAAAUCAAUUUAUUCACAAAAAUGCUAGUAACAUUAUUUAAUUUCUGUAGCUGAAUUCUUAUGUAAACAAUUUUUUUUUUUUUUGUUUAUAAACGAAAUGUGUUUUAAUUUGU